AUGUCGGCGUCGAAGCCAGAACAAUCCGGGGCGAUUCCACGUCCGGCACCGCGAUCGCCAUCACCGAUGAAAUCACCUGUACCGGAAAGAAGGCAAAAUGGUUUGAGUCGGCUUCCGCAAGAUGCUUAUCGUGAACCUGUAGUAAAGAACACGAUAAUCAAUUCUGAACAUCCAAAUCCACGUAAAUUUCGUAUUCCGGAAAAAAACCUCGUAAAAGAAAUUCAACAGAAGGAGCAAGAAGCGUUGCGGAAAAUUAAUGAACGUCUCAAGAAUCUACCUCCACCAGUCGAUCAGGUUCGAAUUUAUUUACCGAAGAAACCUGCAAAAAGUCCAGAGCCAGUAUUUGCCACGACAGCGCCACCGUCUUAUGUCUAUGCUCGUCCGCAUAGUCACACCGGAGUUGAGAGCGAAUAUCCUCGGAGCGAGUGGAUCCAUGAGGGUGAACUUGAUCACAUAGAUCGUUCUCGCAGUCCCACAAAUUCACUACCGGUGAGUCCUCAAUACGAAGCUGAGACAGGGAAUAAUAAUCAAAAACCGGCUGUGCGCUAUCAAAAACAGCCAUGGAAACUCACAAUAAGAAAAGAGAUGUUUCAUCCACAGGAAAAAUUGGAUGACAUGCACGUAAUCAAUCAAGUAUUCGCUCAAAUUAUCUCCGACUGCCGUAAAGGUAUUGCCUACCGUAUUCGAGCUUACGAAAGAGAUGAUGUUGUUAGUAUUCUGAAGGCUAACAACAUUCCUCCCGAACUUUUAAGCAAGCAGUCUGAGAUUCCUGUCGAUGUAAAAGUCGCUGUUAUCACAGCAGCUCGUAAAUGGCCGCUUUACUUCACACAGGUUUACGAGGUCAUAGAGGAACGCGCCAAUGAAUCAGUGUCAGUACUGCUUUCGAUUGGUGAACAUGGCAUACGAUUGUUGCUCCAUACACCGUUAGACAAAGAGAAUCCUCUGAAAGCGCAGGAUCAUUUGAAUUUUUCCGAUUUAUCGGACAUCACACUGGAAAACGAUGAAGUCAUCUGUUUGCAUACCCGAAAUGGGAUCAGUAUUCGAUUGCGAACUAAAAUGGCACCGCAGAUCAAAUCGCAAAUUGAUAAGUGCAUUCACGGACAAGUUCAGCGAAAGAAGUUCGUUCGUGCCACAGCUGAUUAUGUCACCAAACAGCCAAAUCUUUUGUCGUUCAAGAAAGGAGAUACGAUUGAACUGGUACCACUACCAACCGGUGAGAUGGUUCCGUCUGGGUCGUGGCUGUACGGGAAAAUUGGCAACCGUUACGGAAGUCUUCCAGCGCAAUAUGUGAUCCCACUCGACGAGCACAAUCGCGAAGUCGAGGAUUCGCCACCGACGCUACCGUUGGUGUACGAUGACGUUAUGGAUGAUGCAGGUCAUCCAAACGGCUUCAAAUACACCAUGUUAGAAUUUGCAGUGAAUCACUUCCGUGGACCAAAAGGAUUCGACAAUACGCUCAAGAAGAACAGUAUGUUGUCUUCCAUCUUCAUAGACCCUGAAGGGAAAGAGUGGACGUGGCAGGACGUUGCUCAUAAGAUCAAGUUCACAGACAAACCGAUCUCACAUUCGUUGAUUCGAUUUGACUCCAGCGAGCUGGACAAACUGGCCUGUGAGACUUUCAUGUGUAUCAUGCGUUAUAUGGGAGAUGAACCGAUUCGACGUGGUGAAACGAUAACAGACGCUGUAUACCGUUUGUUACUAAUCUGCCACAAAAAUCCUGCACUACGAGACGAAGUAUACUGCCAAAUCAUUCGCCAGACUACUAACAACAAAUCCAGCAAACCUGACAGCUCGAUUCGAGGCUGGCGUUUGUUUUCGAUACUUACUGCUUACUUCGAGUGUUCUCUAGCUCUACGACCGUACCUGAUCAACUAUUUAGCUGAGAACGCUGACGACCACAGAAGAGCUUAUCACGGGACUGCCCAAUUAUGCUUACAAAACCUGAACCAGACGAUGCGCUAUGGUGGUCGAAAAUACUUGCUGAGCGGUAUGGAAGUCGAAGAGAUCACAAAUGGCAAGAUUCUGAAGCGCCAAGCCUACACUCUUCCAGGUGGUAAUAAGAAAGUUGUGAACACAAAAAGUAUCACUGUUGUCGAAGAAGCUAUAAGGGAGUUAUGCUUGGAGCUCAACAUUCGUAGUCCAUCUGAGCAACAGGAAUUUUGCCUCUGCUAUGUGCUCGAGAAAGAAAAUCGAGUCGAAUAUUGCGCGAAUGAUGAUUACAUAUUGGAUAUCUGUACCGAACUGGAGCAUAAACGUAUGCAAUUCCACUUUUUGUUGAAGCGGUGCACAUGGGUGCAUCCGCUGCGACUUGAUCACCCUGUGUACAUUGAUGUGAUGUUCUUCCAGGUUGUUCCUGACUACCUGCAAGGUCAAUUCCUCACGAGGCAAGCCAGUGGACACAUGAGCGCGUCAGUGUGUGACGAUGUCACCAAACUUGCAGCUUACCUUCACAUGGCUGCCAACGAAGGGCAGCUAGCUGCUGUGACGCCAAGGACAGUCCAGUCAAUAGUUCCGACGCCAGUGCUGGAGUACCCAUCCCAAUCAGCAGAUUCGUGGGCGACUAGGAUUAAUCGUCAAUUACGAUCCAUGAAUCCAAAUACUACUGCAACACAAGCUAGGGCGGCAUUCUUAGAAAUACUGUCUGCUUGGCCACUGUUUGGUAGUACAAUAUUCCGGGUGGACGCCGCAUCGUUUGAUGGACGAGCACUGCCUCCGAUUGAGCUGGCCGUUGGCAAAACAGGAGUGAAGCUGCUCGAGCCACGAAGUCGUGACGUAAUCGAACACUGGCCGUAUGAUAAGAUAGUCUCCGCGACAACUGGAAAUCGUGAUACAAUCGUCGAGAUGGUGGUUGGUACGCCCUCAUCGAACCGUACUUAUGAAUUCCGCACGAACGAGAGCACAGCGAUAACUCGACUCGUUGGACAGUACACGUUCAUUGUGAAUGAAAAUCGUGGAUUAUUAAACGAAUGA